AUGGCGUCUGAAAACAGCUCUGAAUCCGUAGAUGAGAAAUCAGCUCUUUUAGAGACGGAAUCGAUCCAAGAUGAGCAACAACAAUGUGACACAAUCGCCAAACAAAGCGAAUCUAAACUGACGCUUUAUCACUGGACGCAGUCUUUCAACUCACAGAAGGUGCGUCUGGCCAUUGCAGAGAAAGGUUUGCACUGUGAGGAGUAUGAUGUCAGCCUACCGCUCAGUGAACACAACGAGCCUUGGUUCAUGCGGCUGAAUCCUGCUGGCGAGGUGCCAGUCUUAGUGCACGAUGAUAACGUCAUCUGUGACCCAACACAGAUCAUGGAUUACCUGGAGCAUAACUUCAGUGAUGAAGGCACUCUCAAGCUGAUACCUGAAGAGGGCAGUACAUACUAUCACAGAGUGGAGCACUACAGAGAGCUGUUGGAUUCACUACAAAUGGAUGCCUACACCCACGGCUGCAUCCUCCACCCUGAGAUCACUGUGGACUCCCACAUACCAGCAUAUGCUGCCACAAGCAUACGAACACAAAUAGGAAACACUGAGUCAGAGCUGAAGAAAUUGGCAGAGGAGAAUCCUGAGCUUAAAGAUGCUUACGUUGCAAAACAGAGGCGCUUAAAAUCCAAGUUGUUUGACCACGACAACAUGAAGUACCUGAAGAAGCUUCUGGAUGAAUUGGAGAGUGUGAUGGACCAGGUAGAGACAGAGCUGCAGAGGAGGGUGGAAGAAACACCAGAGGAAGGCAGUCAGUCCUGGCUGUGUGGGGAAUUCUUCAGCAUGGCUGAUGUCUCUCUGGCUGUCACCUUACACCGCCUCAAGUUCCUCGGCCUCUCUCGCCGCUACUGGGGCAACGGUAACCGUGUCAACCUGGAAACAUACUACGAGCGAGUAGUGCAGCGACCGGCCUUCAGGAGGGUUCUGGGCCAUGUCAACAACAUCCUGAUCUCAGCUGUGCUUCCUGUGGCGUUCCGUGUGGCCAGGAAGAAUGCACCAGUUAUUUUUGGUACCACACUGUUGAUAAGCAUUUUGGGGGGAGCAACUUACCUUGCUUUUCUUUACAUGAAGAAGAGGCUGACUUUCCUUAGCUGA